CAGUGGGGUGCUUGCAUGAUCUCAUCCUGACCUCACUUUCUUUAGGGUCUCUUCUAGUCUCUUCGACCACAAACAGGAUGAUGAAGCAUGCCAUGGCCUUCCUCAGCAUGUCCUGGAUGCUGCUUUCCUGCCUGAUGCUCUUAUCUUGUCCAGUCCAAGGUGAUGCUUUACCAAAGGAAAUGCCAUCUCUACGGAGCAGCUGUCCUAAAGGCUCUGCGGCCUAUUUCUCUCACUGCUAUGCCUUGUAUUUGACACCCAAAUCCUGGAUGGAUGCACAUAUGGAUUGUCAGAAGCGGCCUUCAGGACACCUAGUGUCUGUGCUCAGUGGAUCUGAGGCAUCCUUCGUGGCUUCUCUGAUCAAGAACACUUUUACUACCUCCAGUUACAUUUGGAUUGGGCUUCAUGACCCUACAGAGCGACCUAGUGGCAAUGGAUGGGAGUGGAGCAGCAAUGAUGUGCUGAACUACCGUGCCUGGGAGAGAAAUCCUCCAACCAGUCCAAACACUGGCUUCUGUGCAAGUGUGACACGAAACUCAGGUUUUAAGAAAUGGAAAGAUUAUGACUGUGAUUCUCCAUUACCCUAUGUCUGCAAAUUCAAAGUUACAGACAGGAUGCUGCUUCCUCUGGCCUUCCCCAGAGUGUCCUGGAUUCUGUUUUCCUGCCUGAUACUCCUGUGUCAGGUCCAAGGUGAAGAGUUGUUGAAGGAACAGCUUUCUGCACGGAUCAGCUGUCCUAAAGGCUCUGUGGCCUAUUUAUCUCAUUGCUAUGCUUUGUAUUUGACACCAAAAUCUUGGAUGGAUGCCAAUUUUGCCUGUCAGAAGCGGCCUUCAGGAUACCUGGCGUCUGUGCUCAGUGGAUCAGAAGCAUCUUUCAUAGCUUCCCUGAUCAAAAACAGUUUGAAUAAUAAUGAUUAUGUCUGGAUUGGACUUCAUGACCCCACAGAGGGUCAACAGCCCAAUGGAAAUGGAUGGGAGUGGAUUAACAAUGAUGUGCUGAAUUACCGUGCCUGGGAGAAAAAUUCCCCCACCAUUCCACACUCUGGGUACUGUGGAAGUGUGACACAAAGUUCAGGAUAUAAGAAAUGGAAAGAUUAUAACUGUGAAUCACUGCUACCCUAUAUCUGCAAGUUCAAAGACUAG